GGCUCCGCCCAGCCGCGCUACCCGGUGGGGGGGAACCUGUCGCGCCUGGCGGGCGAGCGCAGGGUUCUGGGGCUGCCGGUGCCACGGAAGGAGACCGGCGUCCACACGCAGGAUCGGAGCGCCGAGCGGGACCAGAGAAAGCCCCCCGGCCAGGGCCAGGGCCGUAAGCCAUGCAGUACCAAGCCUCCGGGUCAGCCUCUCUGCCCCCCAUGUACGCCCCCAGCCCGGUGCUGCAGCCGGUGCACCCCACGCCCUUCUAUAUCGAAGACAUCCUGGCCCGGGGGGGGCCCGUGCCGCCACCGCCUCCUCCUCCUCCUCCGCCGGCGCCGGCGCCGCUUCCUCCCACCCUGCCUUCUCCCAAUUCCUCUUUCACCAGCCUGGUGGCCUCUUACCGGACCCCCAUCUACGAGCCGACCCCGAUCCACCCGGCCUUCUCGCACCACUUCGCCGCCGCCACCACCGGCUAUGGGGCCGGGCCCUAUGGGACUGCAGGCGCCGGCCCUUUCUACUCGUUUCCUCGCGCCGUCGGAGAUUACGCGCAUGCCCUCAUCCGGCAUGACCCCCUGGGGAAGCCGCUGCUCUGGAGCCCCUUCAUGCAGAGGCCGCUGCACAAGCGGAAAGGCGGCCAGGUGCGCUUCUCCAACGACCAGACCCUCGAGCUGGAGAAGAAGUUCGAGACGCAGAAGUACCUCUCCCCGCCCGAGAGGAAGCGCCUCGCCAAAAUGCUGCAGCUCAGCGAGAGGCAGGUGAAAACGUGGUUCCAAAACCGCAGGGCUAAAUGGAGGCGCCUAAAGCAGGAAAACCCUCAAGCCAGUAAAAAAGAUGAUUCUGGGAGUGUGGAUGGUCACCAGGAACCCAAGCAAGAAGGUUGCCUAAGUCCGGAGCAGGAAAAGGAACCUUCUCCAGGACAGUCACAGUACACCUCCUCACCAGUUUCCCAGGAAGAUUUGGACUCUGAAAUUUCUGAUGAUGACUCAGAUGAAGAGGUGGAUAUUGAAGAUUAUUCUGUUUCAUAUCCUGCUGGGGAUAUAAUGCUACAUAUUCCUCCAUGAAUUUGGUGGCAUGAAGAUCGCUAACAACAACAACAAGAAGAAGAGCGGAAUGAAAAUGAUCUCUCUCAUUUAGAAAGGUGAAUUUUCACUGCUGGGAUACAACCUUUUGGAAAGACACCAGGGAUGCAGUUGAAUACAGGACUGAAGUAACAUUUUGCAUGGCGUCACAGAGGUUGCCUUGGUGAAAGUGGGAAGUACCAUGUAGUAGAUCCUACCAAGAGUGCUUUUACUCAUCCACUAGAAACAAUGUGUAACCCAUAUGGGUGAUACAUGGAGACUGGAGGCAUACUGGGAUCUUUAAAAAUGCUCUUGAUUUUUAACAUUUUUUUUAAAAAAGUUGAAUAAUAGGAAUCAUGAUGUUGGGAGGGAGAAAACUUCCUCUGCUUUUAAUCUGAUGGGUCUUCCAUCCUUCUCUAGCCUGGUGGCCUCCAGAUGUUUUUGAGCAGAUAUGUUGAGGAUUAUGAUACAACACAUCUGGAAGGCACUAGGCUGGGUAAGGGUGGUCAGUGUGCAUGUUUAUGUUUACUGGUAUCUCUGUGGUCUAUUGAUACAUUUUAAAUGUACGAAGUUAUAAGGAGGCAUAAUCUAGGGGUACAUGAUGCAGUCAAGUUGCUGAAGCUAUAUGGGUCUAGAACUGGCUAGUGCCAGGUGGGGAAACCACUAAGCAAUCUGUCGAGUUCCAUAUGGGAUGGGGCAAGUGAAACUGCUGGCUAUUAAAGUCGCUGAUCAAGAAAAAGGGUAGAGUAGGAACUGUAAAGUUCACCAUAGGGCUCACUCAGGCAGGGCAAUCCCAAAUCAUAAUGCAAGAAGCAAUCCAGUCAAACAGGGUCAAGGCAGUCUAGAGCAAGGGAAUCAGAAACAAGGCAGGAAUUGGCAUGGAAGUUACAUCCAGCACUUUCCAGAGCCACCUUGCCGCCUGAACAGCCAUAGAAGUCCAGGGGGCAAGGGGACAACCCAGCCACGGGGUUUGUCCCUUGAUUCUCUCAGAAAGAAAGAGUACUUGUGAAGAAGCAACUUACUCAUGAGCAAACUUUUCCUACAGCUGAGCACUCCACCUUGGGACUUCUUAUGUUUUCAGUCUUCUCUUCGCUCCUGGAGUCUGGGAGGCUGUCCCAUCUCCUCCUCAGACUAAGCUGCUGCGCUCCCAUUAUCCAUAGGCUCAGCCUGUUCCUGUGUCCCUAAGAGUCUGGCAUCUCUUGAUUCAGCCUCCUGGUUUCCUGAGGGUCCAGGAUCUGCAGGAUCAAAGAGAUCCUCCAUCUCAUCAGGCUUUGGAAUGUCUCUUUCCUCAGCUCAUCCUCACUGAGGAUUCCUCCAGUCAUGACAGAAUCUCAUGUAACAGUACCUUGAGUUCCAUCACAGAAGAAAGAUGAGGUAUAUCUUUAAUUUUUAAAAAAGGUAUACAGUAUGUGUCUUUCCCAGAGCAUGGAAAUAUUACAUUUUUUUGGACCGUAACUCCCAGGAUCUCCUAGCUAGCAUGAUCAGGAGAUGGGAAAACAUAAAUAAAAUAAAUAUCCAUACAUUUUCUGAACUCUGUUAAUUCCAGAUAAGGCACAGCUAAAUUUGUGUUAAAUUAUCUCAUUUAUGUGCUUGCUCAAGAAGUCACAGGAUCAGACUCAGAUCAAUUUCAUCUGCAAGAAUCCCAGCAAACAACAGAAACUAUUAGAUAACCCAAUGGAAACUGGUCUAUGGUGAGAAAUUCUGCCCGAUACUGUUCUGUUGUGGCUUUGAAUGAAGGCAAACAGUGCAGUCCUACACAUCUUCUGAAAAUCAAGCCCCACUGAGCUCAGUGAAACUUAUUUCCAAGUAAAUGUAUAUAACAGCCUUCUCUAACAUAGAAACCAAAAGACUUGGUGAGCUAUUCCCACAGCUUGCCAUGCUGUGCUGUUUUUAAUUUGUAUCCUCAGCUGAUUUUAAUGUAUUUUAAUGGUUUUACAGUGAGGCUGGUUCAUAUGAUUUGUGAUUUUUGUUUUUUGGCUAAAUGUGAUUUUUUUGGUUAAAUGUGGUAAAUAAAUUUAUUUGUUUAUUCUUUUAAAAUGUUUGUAAGCCCGCUUGAACACAUUUUUUUAGUGGAAAAAUGGGAUAUAAAUGUAAUCUCCAGCUACUUAAAUCCCCCUGCCUAAGUAGGGGUGAUGGGAGUUACAGUCCAACAUAGCAGGAGAUUGCCAUACAGGGGAAGGGAGCUGUAUAGGGUUAGGCCUAGUGAAAUGUUUUCUAACUAUGUAGCUUGCUAAUUUUAGUGCAUCUAUUUAAUUUCUUAAAUGAUUUCCGUAUUGUACUUCAUCAACCAGGGGCCACAGUUGUAUAUAUAUGUGAAGUGGAACUUAGAAUCAGUCAAACUGUUCAUCGUGAAAAUCCUGCCUGGCAAUUCUGUAUACAUAGAAACCUACUCGCCUGAAUCAGAGUUUGGCUAUUUGAUAUUUCCAUUGGGCGUAAAGAAGCCACGUGUAAGCCAGGCUGUCGAAACUUCAUCGGCAUGAAAACUUUAACAAGAUUUGUUUUGUGAAACUGUUUUUCCCCCCUGCUGGUUGUAACCCUGUUCAAGCAUUCAUUGUGCUAAGUUAAGAAUUCUGAAACUGCUGGGUGACAAGCAGAAAAUAGUUAUAGAUUGUGUAAGUAACACAAUGAAAUGAAGGCUGCUUUAUACCAGGAUAAAUCUGUCUAGCUAGUCCUUCAGUAGCCUGCGAGCUGGAAACCUACUGGUUAGAUUACUGCAGUGCAUUAUAGAUAGGCCUGACUUUGAAGGCUGUUCAGAAAAUGCUGCAAAAUGCACUAGCCAGCUUGACCACUGACCAGAAAGUCUGAUCAUAUGUCAUCUAUUCUGGCGAACUGCACUGGCGGCCAAUACAUUUUUGUCCCCAAUUCAAAGUGCUGGUUUUAACCUGUCAAGUCUUACAUGGCUUGGGACCACGUAUGUUAAUAUUUGAAGCCAUUUUCUGAGUUUGUUCUGUAAGAGGGUUGGAAAACGGUAGCAAGGCAGAAGGUUUUUUUUGUCUAUUGGUCCUAACCCUGUCAUAUUUUCUGUACCUUGUUAACAAUGCAACCCUAGCUUAAACAUAUGUUGGCAUUAGUGGGUUUGAAAUACCGUAGGACCCCUAUAUCCUUAAGGAAUUGGUUCUAAGCCUUCCUGUGGAUACAGAAAACCAUGGAUAAUAGCAAACUCUAUACAUAGCAUGGUCUUUGGCUCCCUCUAAUGGCCAGUUCUGAUAAUUACAUAGUGGAAAUAUAUCUUUUUAGGUUGGUUUUUCUUUUUAAUAUUUUCAGACUAUGGAUUAGUGAAACUGCUGAUACGGGUCCUGCAGAUGGGGGGGGUGUCCUACUGUAGACACAACUCUCUUGUCUCACCACAGCUGCCUGUGAGCUGGUGAAUUUCUGAAAUAGCCUGGCAAAACUGCUGUACAAGGGCUAAGAAGUGGAAAAGGGAAAAGGUGAGGGAGGAGCGCGCACCAGAUCCAAAGCUCCUGUAGCUUAUGGAGAAAGCCGCUGUGCCUGCAUAAAAGUAGGUGAAGUUACAGUUCCAAGUGAUUUCCUACAUCUCUGGGGAGGGGUUAGGAUUCAGCAUAAAUCUGGCCGAGUAUUAGCUGAGCUAUUCUCAGCCAAUUUGGCUAGUACCUUACUUGAUUCCUCCAGGAAUUCUGACGGGAUGGAAUGGGUUUAUUUUUUUUUAAUAUUUACCUUUGACCAUUGAAUUAUCCCUAUAUUUUGUUCUUGUGAGGACCUGUUGUUUAUAGUGUGUGUGUGUUGUUUUUGCUGAGCUAGAUCUUAAAAAAAAACCUAACAAAAACAAAUGAAAUUGAUAAUGAUGGCAAUACCUGCUUUGAUUUGCAGCAGCUCUUCAGCCCUUUUGCUUCACCUGCUACUUUAUUAUCUAUCUAGAGAUGACACAGAUCAGACUUGGACCUUUCAAAUGCAAAAUGUAAUUUCUGUCUCAUAAUGCUGAUCCCUCCUCCCAGGAGAUAAUCCAAGAGGUUCUGGCCACCUUUCCCUUUCUUAUUGUAUGUCUUGUCUUUUCUUAUCUUAGGUCUCUUUAAUCAUUAAUAGUUCCUGUUCCUCCUUCUGUGACCCUUAAGGACAAAGGAGAUAUGAGGUAAACAAAGACACACAAGGUUCAGAGGAAGAAAGACAGCUAAUUGCUACUGAUUUCUUGCAUCCUUUAUAUCCUUUAGCCUUUUCUUCAUCUCAGUGCCUGACUGCUUUUAGGUGAUGAAUGUGAGGUGUGGCUAGGCUUCUAACAAUGAGGGAAUAGAGGCCUAUCUUAAUUUGAACCUUAUUUUUGACUAAUUGCUUUGAGAUGAAAAAAAAAAACCCAAGGACUUCUAUGAUGCCUUAAAGACUGUCAGUUUUAUUUUAAUAUGAGCUUUCAUGGGCUAGUUUCUUAGAUUCAUGGAGUAUAAUCUAGGUUCAGGUAUAUAUACAGGAAGGUAGACAAUGGGACUUUCUUCUGAGUAGACCUGCAUAGAAAUCAGUGCCAAAGACUGCAUUUCUGUGGACACUUACCAAAGAAUAAUCAUGCCAUGAAUCAACUUUCAGAUAACCUCACCUGGUUGACGGAAAAUCUUCACAAAUAAUCAUGUUUCUUUUUGAAUAAUCGUGCAAUGUUAGGAAAGUGUGAAGGCAAGAGGAGAAGGGGAUGACAGAGGAUGAGAUGGUUGGACAGUGUCAUU